UGAAUUAAUAUAGUUUAUCAAAAUGUUGUCUAUAGAACGGUUCGUUGGUAAAGUGGCUGUAGUCACCGGUGCUUCUGCCGGCAUUGGAAAAGCUAUAGUUGAGCUUUUAGUUAAACACGGUGUUAUUGUAGCUGGAUUAGGAAGAAGAAUCAAUCGUUUAGAAGACCAAGCGAAACAACUAGCUAAAGAAAAAGGUAAAUUUCACGCCUUCAAAUGCGACUUGACCAACCAACAAGAAAUUCUAACGACUUUCCAACAAAUAACCACAAAACUUGGUCCGAUAAGUGUUUUAAUCAACAAUGCUGGUAUAUCGUUGAGUAACAGCAUCAUCGACGGUGAUAUUAGCAAAUGGAUUACGGUUUUAGACACAAACGUUUUAGCUGCAGCUAUUGCCAUUAGAGAAGCUAUCGCUAGCAUGAAAUUGCACAAAACCAAAGGCCACAUAAUAAACAUAAACAGCGCAAUGGGACAUAAGGUCAUAGACACUCCUGGACAGAGCAUGUAUCCAGCUUCCAAGCACGCUAUAACAGCCUUGACGGAAACAGUGCGUUUGGAAAUUAACAGGGAAAAGUUGCCCAUCAAAAUCACCAGUUUGAGUCCCGGGUAUGUCAAGACUGAGUUCAUCCGGGUGAAUUUUGGUGAAGAGAGAGCAAAGCUAAUCGAACAAAUGGAAAUGCCUGGAUUAGAUCCUGAAGAUGUUGCCGAAGGCGUUCUGUACGUUUUGGCUACGCCUGAACAUGUUAACGUCAAUGAGUUGACUGUCAGAGCUUUAGGAGAAAAAUAUUAAUAUUGUGGUAAACGUAAAAUUUCAUUCGCAUAGUUUCAUGUAUUCAAAGUCCACAGCAUUUUUCGUUUUUAUUCUCUAUAUCAUCAUUAAUAGUUGCUCACGUAUAUCUUUUUCUCUCAAGAGUUGAUUGAAAACUUAUUAUUAAUCUACGUUUAAUUAAACAGAAGUUGAAUAAAUAUUCAUCAAUGUAAAUAUAAAAAUAACAUAUGUAAAAUUUAUUAAACUUCUUACUCAAUACAUGUAUACACAGUUUUUUUUUAUUUGGCAUCAAUGGAAUGGUAUUAAUAACUGCCCACGCUUACAUGACUGUACGAAUGUGACUAAAAAGACGUUCGUUGUAAAUCGUAAAAAUGUCAAAACCACAAUCGAGCUUUGUUGGUAAAUUGAGACACCUGGUUAAUAUUGGAAGAAAAUGUAUGAAAUUUAUAGGAAAUUAUAAAGUGUAUAUUAUUGUUAGAUAUUUUUCAAUAAAAUUUUCUGGAGGGAUGCUUUUUAGCAGUUUCUAUUGGAAAUCCCGACUCUCUGACUGCAUUUGUUAAGAAUUUCUUAUUUCGUCGAGUAAAUUUUUGAAUUGUUUAAAAAGUUUUACAUUGUUUAUUGUAUUCAGAUCUGUAAUUCAUGUCGAGUCAUAACAUUUUGUAUCCUUAUCGUCG